AGGAUGACACAGUAUUGGCUUGGCUUUGGUAGAUCACGCUUUAAACCAGUUGAUAAUUUCUUCGAAAGGAUUCAUGCAAAAUGGCAAUUUUGAGCUUAUAUAGCUUUUUAAUUUUGUUAUCGUCCACUUUUCAUAAGGAAUGUCGUCAUACCAUCCAUACACGAAGAACUUGUGAAAUGAUCAAGCAUAUAUUAACACUUUUAAUUGUAUGUUUGAUGUUAGUCAUUAUUCCUGUUAAUGUAGACAUGGAACCAUUGUUUAAGGUCAGGAUGAUGUUCUACAACAUCUGGUUUGUGGCGUUCCCGUACCAACUUAAUGUGAUCGAUCGAUGAUCUUCAAUGUUGGCUUUCAUACGCUUGGAUAUCGUGCGGUAUGAACGCACUGACAAAUGGCUUUUUCUGGGUCAAGCAGGUGAAGAUGAUUCAACAAGCAAUGAAAGCGAAUUGACAUUCAACAAACAAUGAGAGGCAAUUUCAUAGAAGAUCACUUUCGGCAAAUUAGGAUUUGUGCCAAGUGCCAACUGCCACCGGUUGAACUGCCUUCCUUCCAACCCCCCUCGUGAAACAAAACCUAAAUAUUUUACAGGGGGGGUUAUUUUACUAUGUUACGUUAUCAAAGCGGAAACAAAAAUAGAAAGUUAGUACCUAAAAUACAAACAGAAAAAUCUAAAAUUGUAAUAAAAUGUGAGAUUUUCAUUUGAAAUACAAGAAAACACUUCACAUAUGUUUGGGAAUGGCCGAGUCUACCCAAACAUGUCAACAAGACAACGUAAAAAAUUAUCUGGAAAUUAAUGGACGUCUUCCUGUUGAUUGUGAAGAAGGACAAGAGCCAGGAGCUUGUGGCGGGAAAGCAGCGCCACUUUUCGAAGCUGAAAAUGAAGAUGAAUUUGAUCAUGUCUACGAAGAAAAGAAUGGAAUACAGAAAAGCACUAGUUGUGGACGUCUUGCACAUUUGUGUAAUUCUGAGGAAGAAUAUAUUCUCAUUGACGAGAAUACUAACGGAAUAAAUACAUCUGAGUCAAGUAAUAAUGAGGAAAAUGAAACUGGUGAAGAAGAUGUUGAAGUUCUUGUUGGGGAGAUGACGCUUGCAGAUGAAAAUGAUAAAGAAGGGAAAGAAGCAACUGCUGUCAUAGAAAAUGGAAGAAAUACUAGGAAGUACUUUGAGGAAGAUGUGAAUCAUCCAGAUUGGAUUAAACACAAGAAACACAUUUUUGUACUUAGCAGUGCAGGAAAGCCUAUUUACUCCAGGUAUGGCAAUGAAGAGAAACUUUCAACUCUCACAGGAGUCAUGCAGGCCUUGGUUUCAUUUGUUGAAGAUGAUAAAAAUCAAUUAAGGUCUAUUGUUGCAGGUGAUCACAAAUUUGUAUUUCUUGUGAAAGGUCAUCUUAUAUUAGUAGCUAUUUCUUAUGCCAAGGAAUCUUCAGCCCAGAUGGCCGUGCAACUAACCCACGUUUAUCAUCAAAUUCUCAGUGUGCUCACCCAUAAACAACUGGAAAGGAUCAUGAACCAAAGAGGAAACUAUGAUUUACGACGUUUGUUGGGAGGGACUGAGAAAUUUAUUGACAGUUUAUUAGAUCUAAUGGAUCAUGAACCUAGUGUGUUACUAGGAGCUGUGCGAUGCCUUCCUUUAAAAAGUUCUAUAAGAGAAAUGAUUGGACAAAGUUUUGUGCAAGCUAAAGUUAAGGAAUUAGUGUUUGCUGUUUUGAUUGCCAACAAUCAACUUAUCACUUUAGUACGACCUAAAAUGUAUAGUUUACAUCCUGGUGAUUUGCAUUUAAUUUUGAAUCUUGUCAAUGGUUCGACAUCAUUUCAAACAGCUGAGUCAUGGACUCCAAUAUGUCUUCCUAGAUUUGAUAACAGUGGUUAUCUUUAUGCCCAUGUCUCAUAUCUAAGUGAAGAGUGUCCUGCUUGUUUGUUACUGUUAUCAACAGUUAGCGAUGCCUUUUUUAUUCUAUCAGAGUGUAGACUUAAAGUUAUUGAGAAAUUACAUAAGUAUAAGUGUUUUCAAGCCAUAAAUGAAGCAAUGGGGAAAGAAAGCUAUAGGAUAGGUGAUAUUGGAAUUCUAAUUUACUGCAUUUUGUAUAUAAGUCUAGAAGUACAUCACAAUACACUUCACCUGAGUUAGAAGCACCAUAUAAUAAUCCAGAUGACGAAGAAAGAUUAUUUGAUCUCUAUUUAUAUCUGCAUCACCAUAUUCAUUCAUCCGUCAACCAUUGAAGAUUCUUUGUCAUGUUGGCUCAAAAGAGAUGCUACUUGGAUGGGUGACAUCAGGGUUUGAACUUUAUGCAACAUUUAAUCCCCUUGUAACCAAGCCGGCUGCAAUAAAUGCAACCAAUAAACUUCUUAAAUGGAUAUCAAAUGAACAAGACAGACUAUUCAUUCUUGAAUCUGCAGUGUUUUGACUGUAUGCUUUAUAAUAAUAGGUAAAAUGUUAUGAACAUUUCUAACUAAAAAUGUUAU